AAAACAUUUUGAUACAGAUUUUUUAUGUAGUAGAUAUAAGAGUAAUUUAAUCCAAUUAACGAAAUGGAAUUCUUUUUUAAAUUUGGUUACGUCUUUUUGAUUGUAACCCUAUUAAUAAUGAUAUGGAUGUCCCUGGCACGGGGUCUACAUUAUAAUCAUCGUGAAAUGGAAGAUACACGAUACCCGCCAUGUGCCUAUAACGCACUAUGUACGUGUUCGAAGUCAUCAACAGAUUUGGGAAUAGUACAUUGUAAAAAUGUGCCAUUUCCUGCACUGCCACGAAUGGUGAAUCAGUCGAAGGUUUUUAUGCUGCACAUGGAAAAUACGGGGUUACGAGAAAUCGAACCCUAUUUUCUGCAAUCAACAGGCAUGUACCGUUUAAAAAUAUCGGGAAAUCAUUUAACCGAAGUACCAGAUGAUGCGUUUACCGGACUGGAACGGUCACUGUGGGAACUAAUACUGCCACAAAAUGAUCUGGUGGAAAUACCAUCGAAAUCAUUUCGACAUUUACAAAAACUUCGCCAUCUAGAUUUGAGUCACAAUCACAUUACACACAUACAACACGAUUCAUUCCGGGGGCUGGAGGAUUCAUUGCAAACGCUGCUGUUGGGUGACAACUGUAUAUCGACAUUGCAACCGCAUAGCUUUUCCGGUCUUUUAAUAUUGGAAACAUUGGAUUUGAGUGGCAAUAAUUUAUUUGAAAUUGAUCCUAAUGUCUUUGUGGAUGGUAUGCCGAGAUUAAUGAAAUUGUUAUUAACGGAUAAUAUACUCUCGGAGAUACCGUAUGAUGCCUUGGGUCCGUUGAAAAGUUUACGUACCCUAGACAUAUCACACAAUGUGAUAUGGUCGUUGAGCGGCAAUGAAACGUAUGAGAUCAAGGCCAACGCAAAGCUUAAUUUGGACAAUUUACAUUUGGAAUAUAAUAAUAUUAGUAUGUUGCCACCAAAUUCAUUUAAAUAUUUUGAAAUUGUUAAUCGAACGUUUUUGGAUGGUAAUCCAAUACACACGAUGAAGGACGAUGCCUUCAAACCCGCCAAAAUUCGUGAAAUUUAUAUGCGUUACUGCGGUUUAACGGAAAUUUCACCCAUGGCAUUUGACAGUUUAACGAGCAGCUUACAGAUUCUGGAUCUUUCGGGAAAUAAUCUGACACAUUUACAUCACAAGCUAUUCAAUAAAUUUGAUGUCUUGAGAGUCAUAAGUAUGCGUGAUAAUAAAAUCAAAAUAGAACAACCAAUGGAAACCUUUAAUGCCAUGCAAUAUACGUUACUAAAAUUGGAUUUAAGCGGCGAUCAGAAUGAUCCAACCAAUCUACAAACAUUACGCAAUAUGACCAGAAUGAGGAAUAUGCGCUCACUGUCAAUGUCACGGAUGAGUGCCACAUCAAUAGGACCGGAUGAUUUUAAAGAUUUCGGUGUGGAAUUAGAAGAUUUACAAAUAGUACGGGCUAGCUUGAGUAAUAUACAGGCGCAUGCAUUCAAGCAUGUACGGGGACUGAAACGUUUGGAUUUCAGUGAGAAUAGUAUCCAGAGUAUUGAGAAUGAUGCAUUUGAUGAGAUUGGCCAUUCCCUGAUUUCGUUAAAAAUUGCCCAUGGCUUUUCGGGUACCGCACUGCCGGCUGAACCUUUACGCCAUUUGACGUCGCUGCAAGAAUUGGAUAUGAGCAAUAAUAAAAUACAAAGUAUGAGUGAUACGAGUUUCCAUUUUCUGAAAAAUCUACGUCUAUUGGAAUUGCACGACAAUCGCAUCGAACAGGUUAUGAAGGGAACAUUUCAGGGUGAUAUUCAUUCUAAACUUGAAGAGAUUUCAUUUCGUUUCAAUCACAUGACUCAAAUAUCCCAGCAUACAUUCUUCGACUUAGAGGCUCUAAGAAAACUACAUUUGGACGAUAACAAAAUCGAGCGGGUUGAGCGUCGCGCCUUUAUGAAUCUAGACGAACUGGAACAUUUAAGUUUGCGUGGAAAUAAACUUAAUAACCUUGCUGAAGAAUCGUUUCAAAAUUUACCAAAAUUGGAGAUUCUCGAUAUGGCUUUCAAUAUGUUGCCAAAUUUCAAUUUUGACUAUUUCGAUCAGGUUGGAACGUUAUCAAAUUUAAAUGUGAAUGUUAGUCAUAAUCAAAUUAAAAUGUUAAUGCACAAUUCAUCUUGGGUCGGUAGAGGUGAUCAUGGCUCAAUGUAUCAUUCGAAUAUCAAAAUCUUAGAUUUAUCACACAAUAAUAUCUCGAUAAUAUAUCCGGGAUAUUUUCGACCCGCCGAAAGUUCAUUAACACAUUUACAUUUGGGUUAUAAUGCCUUGAUGAAUGUCACACGUGAUGUCUUUGGAAAUAUGCCACACCUGCAAUGGCUGGAUAUAUCACAUAAUUAUAUACGUGAAAUUGAUUUUGAUGCCUUUAAAAAUACCAAAGAAUUACAGUUAAUCUAUUUCCAUUACAAUCAUUUGACUGAUAUACCUCAAGAAGUUUUUAAACCCAUACGAGCAUUACGAGUUGUAGAUUUUUCUCAUAAUCAUUUACGUGGCUUGCCGGAUAAUUUAUUCUAUAAUGGUGGUAUGGAGAAGUUGGACGUCUCCCACAAUAUGUUGCUGAAAAUACCCUCAUCGUCGUUGUCAAGUUUGGCAGCCCUAACAUUAUGUGAAUUACAUUUAUCGAAUAAUUAUAUAUCGACAAUACACAGCAUGGAUCUGUCGAACAAAUUCAGAUCCCUGCGCUAUUUGGAUAUUUCGUAUAAUUAUUUACUGCGUAUUGAUGAUGCGGUGUUUGCCACAAUGCCCAAAUUGGCAGUUUUGGAUUUGUCCCACAAUCGGGAUCUCAAAGUAAUGGAUAAAUCAUUUAUGGGUUUGGAGACAAGUCUCAUAAAAUUGGGUUUGGAAAAUGUUUCGUUGAGCACCGUGCCCGAGAUACGUUUACGUUAUUUGCGGGAAAUAAGAUUGGGUUAUAAUGAAUUGCCUUCAAUACCACAGGAGUUGGCCCAUAAUAUGUCCAAUUUGAGAAUGUUGGAUUUAUCCAAUAAUGAUUUGACCAAUGUUCCAUUGAUGACACAGUCACUGCCCCAUUUAAGAAAGUUGAUGCUCUCCGGGAAUCCCAUCACCUCGCUGAACAACAACAGUUUCGAUGGUGUCAAUGAAGAUCUUGAAAUGUUAGACAUUUCCAAUUUCCGUUUGCAUUAUUUUGAAUACGGUUGCCUGGAUGCUCUGCCACAUCUGCGUCAAUUGAAGCUGACAGCUUACUCGCACCUGGAACAUUUCAAUAUUCCAUAUUUGUUGCGGAAUCAUCAUAAUAUACGUGACCUAUGGAUUGAGGCACCACAACCAUUUACACGCAUCAUUAAAAAGGGUUCGGGAUCGAAUCAAGAAAUGCAAACCGUACAAAUGGGUAUGCCCACAGAUCUGUCACGGGAAAUGGAAGGCCAUCUGCCAAUGAAACUGACGAAUAUCACAUUUAGUGGGCCACAAUUUUCCACGCUGAAUGAGAAUAUUUUAAAGGGCAUGCAAUCGCCAUAUUUAUAUAUCCAAUUGUUCAAUACCUCCCUGAUGGAGUUACCAAAGAAUUUCUUCAAGAAUAUGGGCAGAGUUCGGAAUAUUUCAUUGGAUAUUCGCUACAAUAAUCGGAUGUUGAAGAAAAUACCAAAUCCAAACACGGGAACGGUGCCAUAUCUACCGAACAGUGUAUUCUUGACGGAACUGAAAAUGUCGGAUACCGAUUUGAAUUGUGACUGUGAUUUGGGCUGGGUCGAAUUUUGGCAACGUAAACGUCGUCAGUACAUUUGUUCUUCACAAACCUGGACCGACACAAUAUUCCGCACAUUUAUGAACUCGCCUUGCCAGGUGUACGGUCGAUACUCAUGUGACGAUCACGAUGAUGAUUUGAGAGAGACACGAUGUGACAAUAAAGGCGGACAACAGCUAAUGGAGUCUCUAAAAGCCGAUUUGGAAUGUGGCUGGGAUGGCACCUCCUGUCGUGAAGCGUUCAUUGUGGUGGUGUUCUCUUGCGUAUUCUUGGUGUUAUUUAUGUGACAUCUCUAUUGUGUGUUCAAUAUAACCAAACAAUUUUAUGAUGUUUUGGAGCAGGUCUAUGGCCACAAUAAUUUUUAAAGUAAAAAAAAACAAAGAACGAAAGAAAGAAAAACAAUACACAAAAAAUAGAAAAAGAAACCAGAAAACGAAUUCUUUAUUGAGA